AACAGCGGCGAGCGCUCUCUCUCCCGCAAACGCAACCGUUGUGAUGGGGAGGGUGGGGGCGUGAUAAUUUUGACGAUAAUGCUGGUUUGGGUGAAACAAGCAAUUUAGAGCACACCCCAUCAUCUCCAGUAUUCAGUCCAGUUCAGCUGCCCAUCAUGCCGGGAAACAGUGCACUGUCUCCAGACUCUGCUCUGGCAGCAGACAUCUUUGAUCACUAUUGUGCAGCUCAGACUUUCAAAGGCAUCUUGAGUCAUUACAGAAGAUUGUGUGCAACGUUGAACUUGAAACCUGGGAAAUUCCCAGUAUUCUACCCUAAACUGAAGUCAAAGCUGAAGUCAUGGAAGGCUCAGGGAUUGUUUGCCAAGUUUGACAAGAGGGCAUCACACAAAUGCUACAAUCAAGGGAAAGCAUGUGCCAGCACCAAGGUCCUGGUGAUCGGCUGCGGCCCGUGUGGGCUGCGCGCCGCCAUCGAGGCCCAGCUGCUCGGCGCGCGCGUGGUCGUGCUCGAGAAGCGCGACCGCUUCAGCCGAAACAACGUGCUCCACCUGUGGCCCAUGGUCAUCCACGACCUGAAGGCCCUCGGCGCCAAGAAGUUCUUCGGCAAGUUCUGUGCGGGCGCCAUCGAUCACAUCAGUAUCCGGCAGCUACAGUGUAUCCUGCUGAAGGUGGCCCUACUGCUGGGAGUCGAGGUGUACGAGAACGUCGGCUAUGAGGAGCUGGUGGAGCCGGCUGACGAGCGGACCGGCUGGCGCGCGCGGCUCAGCCCGCCCGACCAUCCGGCCGCCGACUUCCAGUUCGAUGUGCUCGUUGGAGCUGAUGGAAAACGAAACACCUUCAAAUGUUUCCGUCGCAAGGAGUUCCGCGGGAAGCUGGCCAUCGCCAUCACGGCCAACUUCGUGAACCGUCGCACCGAGGCGGAGGCGCGCGUCGACGAGAUCUCGGGCGUGGCGUUCAUCUUCAACCAGAAGUUCUUCCGGGACCUGUACGACGCCACCGGUAUCGAGCUCGAGAACAUCGUCUACUACAAGGACGAGACGCACUACUUCGUCAUGACGGCGAAGAAACAGAGCCUGCUGGCCAAGGGAGUCAUCAUUCAGGACUUCAUGGACACAAACCGUCUGCUGUCCCCGGAGAACGUCAACCGUCAGAAGCUGAUGCAGUACGCCCGCGAGGCGGCCGACUUUUCGACCGAGCACCGUCUGCCGCAGCUGCCGUUCGCGCUCAACCACUACGGCCGCGAGGACGUAGCCAUGUUCGACUUUACGUGCAUGUACGCCUCGCAGAACGCUGGGAAGGUGAUGGAGCGGCACGGUCACAAACUGCUUCUGCAGCUGGUGGGCGACAGUCUACUGGAGCCGUUCUGGCCGACGGGCAGCGGGUGCGCGCGCGGCUUCCUGUCCUGUUUCGACGCGGCCUGGCAGAUGCGCUCCUGGGCCAAUCCGCGGGUCACCACGCUGGAGUGUCUGGCUGAGCGCGAGUCCAUCUACCGGCAGCUGGCACAGACGACACCGCGCAACCUCAGCUGCGAGUACCACGGCUACACACUCGACCCGCGCACCAGGUACCCGAACCUGAACCGGGCCUCGGUGAGUCCGUACCAGGUCCGCGAUCUGGUGGACACGGACUGCCCCGAGUCGCUGCAGCGAGAGCUGACGAUCGUCAGUGACACCGAGCGCGCCACCGAGCGGCCGGCCAAGAAGGCCCGCAAGGAGCCACUGCAGCCCGACAUGCUGCUCAAGUGGUGCCAGAAGCAGCUGGCGCUGACCGAGAUCCAGGUCACCGACCUGACGCUCAGCUUCAAGUCAGGUCUGGCACUGUGCGGCAUCCUCCACAAGUACCGGCCGGACCUGGUGGACCUCUCCUCCCUGGACCGGGACGACCCGCUGGCCAACACCACCCUAGCCUUCUCGCUGGUGGAGAGCGAGCUCGGCGUGCCGCCGGUGAUGACGGCACAGGAGAUGGCCGAGUGCGCCUGUCCCGACCGGCUGGCCAUGCUCAGCUACCUCAGCCAGGUGUAUGACGCCCUCCACGGAGAGAUUCCCUAUGUGAAGCCGAAAAUCGCGGAGCUGCUGCGGGAGGAGGUGGCGGACCCGGGCGGCGGCCGGCGGCCCGUCCCUGGACGCUCCCAGCCCGACGGACGACGCUCCUCGCUCAGCGAGAACGCGCGCAAACAGCGCAAACGCAAGAGCGACGCCGCAAAGGAUAAGGCCGCGGACGACCCGUUCGCGCCGCCCGAGAUCGGCCCUCUGGACCCGUCCAAGGUGGCGCUGGUGGCCGCCGCGUUUGGCGACACGUACCAGUACGAGCCGGGCCCGGACUCGGACUCCGGGCCGGAAACGGACGGCGAGCGGCCGGCGGCGGGCACGUCCGACUGGCCCGGCCGGCCGCAGCUGCCCGUGGCGGCCCUGGAGGCGCGGCUGGCCGCCCUGGAGGCCGCCCACGCCGCCGAGCCCGAGCGGCGCCAGCAGAUCCGCCAGCAGCGCCGCCAACUGCGCUCCCUGGCGCAGCGCAAGGCCGAGCUGGAGGCCGCCCUGAUGGAGACGGGGGGCGGCGGCUCGGACGGCGGCACAGGACCGGAUGACGCCAGUCUGCACCUGUACCGGCGCACGGCGGCGUCCUUCGAGCAGCGCCGCAUGAAACUGCAGGACAUGGUGUUCCAUCCCGGUCGCGUGAUCCAGGACCUGAAGAAGGAUCUCGCUCCUGGCGGAGCGGGACCCAACAAAAAGGAAGAGUUUGCCACGAAAAUCAAAGACCUGGAGGCCAAGUUCAAGGGAAAUUACGUUCCACCAGACAAGAAACCAAAGGACCUGUCCCGCGCCAUCGGCCGUAUCGAGAAGACCGACUGGAACGUCCGAGAGAUCGAGCGGAAAAUCGAGGACAGCAAGAAGGUGCACACGAGCCGCGAACCCGCCCAGCCGGUGCCCAUGUGGAGCAAGGACAUGUUCGACGAUAAGUACCAGGCGAUGCGGAAUCUGGCGGAACGCGGCGCCGUGCCGCCGGAGACGCUGCGGAAGUACGCCGACAUCGACCAGCACCUGCGGCGACUGGAGAUGAAGCUGCGCGAGGGCACCACGCGCGACGUGGGCCAGCGGGGCUCGAACCGGGUCUCGCAGAUGGCGCAGCAGUUCCUGGACAGGGCCGAUCGGGCGCCGCCGGCCGAGAAGAAAACGGAGGCGGGUGCUGCCGAGGCGUGCCACUUCUGCAACGAGCGCGUGUACCUGGUGGAGCGGAUGUCGGCAGAGGGCAAGUUCUUCCACCACGGCUGCUUCCGCUGCGAGUACUGCGGCACCGUGCUCAAAAUGAUGAACUACGCGUUCGACCAGGACUCUGGCCGGUUCUUCUGUAUGCCGCACUUUGGUCUCCACUCGCUGGUGAAGUACAAGUACCAGCGGAAGCCUGAGCAGCCGACCGAUACACCUGACAAGGGGAGUCUCUCUGUGCCCGGCGCUGCGGGGCGCGGCGCCACGCCCGAGCGGGCAGAGUUUGAGAACAGCGUGCUGGCUGUGGCGCCCGAGGAGCGCCUGUCUGAGAUGGACGAGGAUGAGUGGACCGACCACAACUUCGGCAUGUCGGCGGCCGAACUCACCAGCGAGGACCUGCUCGAUGGAGAGGACAGUGAGGACGAGCUGUCCUCGUCCGACUCGGACGAGUACGAGCCGGCGCUGGACGAGGACGAGGUGCUGCGACUGGCCGAGCGCUGGCGCCGUAGACACUCGCAGGACCCGCUCGACGAGCCCAGCGACCUGUACGAGUCAGACGGCUGCGAUCGAGACGGAGACGACUCUGACACGGCGACCCAGUCGGAGACUGAGGACGACGCAUCGGCCCGACUGCGGCGUCAGCAGGAGGUACACCUGGCAGAGGACGUACUCAAGUCGCGCAACCGCAGCAGCAAGCAUGGCGACACCAGUGACACAGAGGCUCUGGCGCUGUCGAAUGGCUCGGCCCCGGUCACCGCCGUCUCCCAUCCCACCGUACCGGCUCUGCCCGACACUGGAGCCACUCCGAAGAUCCCGCAACCAUCUCCGAGUCCUCGCACCCUGCGGGUCUCCCCGACUCCUGCAGCCCCGCGUCUUUCUCCGACCCCCGGAUCCCUGAGCACUUCUUCCAGUCCCGGGCUGCUUCGUGCCUCUGUGGGUCCCGGGGCCUCGCGCGCUUCCCCGGGUCCCUGUACCGCUGUCGCUGGGUCAAACUCAACGGGCGUUGCUGCUGCUAUUCCCUCCGGCGGCAGCUCCCCGCGUCAGUCUGAGAGGGCCCGCUGGCUGGCCGGUGGCGCUCCGACAGCCGCUGGCACUCCUGGUCAGAGCUCUGGAUUGACACAGUCAGUGCAGCCGACAGUAGGCGAGUCUGGGUUGAAUCAGCCGGUGAAGGGUGGAACUGGGAUCUCUGCUGGGCUUCAGACAGCUAUGGGUCCGUCCCAGACGAGCGGGGAGCGCUCCGAGCGAUCCCCUGGGCCUGUAGCUCAUUCUAAUAUGCCUGCUCAGGUGGGAUCAGCUGGGGAGCGCGCUGGGACGAACGUUUCAGCGCCACGUGGGCUGAUACCUCCGGUCAAAACCGUUGUUAUCACAGCUAAAACCACCGACAUGCCCAAGUCAGCGAAUGGCGUCAAUGCCCAACAGGGGCCGGGCAUUUCCGUCAAAAAUCCGCUUCAUCCUAUGGAAAGUAAAGGAUCGUCGCAACCAGCAGAGGUAGCUGAAAAGGCCACGACCCUGUGCGACCAGAAAGCAGUCACUGGGACUCCACCCCAGAACUCUAAUGGGUCUCUUCAGCCAGCAGAAACGGCGGAACCAGUGGUACCACUGUCCCAGCCGUCGGGGACGUCCUCCCAGUCCUUGGGGCCAGUGCAGACAUCGGAUACAUAUUCCCAGACCUCCGGGACCCAUUCGCAGGCCUUCCUGGAUCCCUGUAAGACCACAGAGCUCCCGCCCGGCUCCCAAAGUACCGAGUCUUCCUCCACGCCCUCCGCCGUUCCGCCCCAAUCUCUGUCCUCCACCGCGACGAGCCUGGGUUCGGUUCCGAUGACCAGCGAACGGCGCGCGCCCUCCCCUCCUGUACCGGCCCGCACCCCUGCCUCCGCUCCCCCAUCUACCGACACGCAGCAGCGGCAGCCGGGACGCCGUUGUAUGAAAACUCCGUGGUCUCUCCACAUUUACCCCCGGCUCUCCUCUGACGUCAUCCGUUUGUUCCUCCGGCAGACGUCCUCCGACUCGGACUCCUCGUCCUCGGAGGAGACCACCUCCUCCUCGGAGGACGAGGACGCCACCGAGGUGGCCACCGACUCGGAGUUUGACGACGCGCCGGCCGCCGCGCCCCGGCCGCUGCCCACCAUUGUCAUCGAGAACUCGGCCGUCAGCGAGGCCACAUCGCCGGAGCCGGGCUCGCCGCGGCCCGGAGAGCGGCCCGAGCCAAUCGGCGCCGAGCAGGGCCGCCCGGAGCCCGCCGCCGAGCCGGCCGAGCCGCCGGCUCCGGCUCCGGCUCCGGCCCCGGCUCCAGCUCCAGCUCCGGCCCCGGCUGAGGCAGCUUCUCCGGCUAAAGCUCCGGCAGCGAAGAGAACGCCGUCGACUUCACCUCGCAGGGCGGACGCCGCGAGUCCCACUGAAGCGAGGGAAAAGGGAAGAGCCGCUCCGACCGCACCAGCGGCCGCGAGAAGAAAACUACCGGGGAGGCAGCGCGGAGCGGGUGACCAGGCGGAGACGAUUAAAAAUGUCAACGCUCGUCCGCGUGCGGUGGCGGGGUUGAAGAAGUCGGCUACUACUGCGGAGGCGAAACGCUCCACGGCAGAAGAGGAAGAGGAGGAGGAUUCCGUGGCGAAAAUCAUCCGCGAGGCGCGGAAGAGCGCACCCUCACACCGCCCCUACCUCAUCCAGCGCACCGAGUCGAGCGAGGCAAUCGCCUGGAAGAACUCGCUGGAGCUGAAGCGGAAGUAUCUGACGGAGCAGACGGCGCCGUACGCCCCGUCCAAGUCGCAGUCGACCACAGACCUCGACAGUCGCGUCAAGACGUUCAUGAGUCGGAUCUCGGAGACGCAGAAGCUGCUGGGCGCGCGGCCGGCGGCGGCGCCGGCGGUCCGGCCGUCGUCUGGCGUUCGACAGACACUGGAUGCGCGACUGCCGAGUCUCUCCAGUCGACUGGCUGCUGGUGGGACGCUGACAUCGACAGCAAGUAUCACGGCGUCGACAGCGGCGGCGGGGGCCACGGCGUCAACGGUCACCUCGCGUCUGGGGUCGCCCCUGACGAGAACCCUCUCCGCGUCCCCGGCAGUACCGGUGACAGCUCCAGCACCCGCUCCGGCGGCGGCCGCUGCCCCUGCGGCUGUGUCCGUCAGUGCUGCGUCCCCGCCGCCUGUGCCGCCCGCUAGUCCUCCUCCCACCUCCCCUCCGCCUCCCGUACCGUCCGCGUCGCCUCCCGCCUCUCCUCUUCCACCUCCCGUGCCGGAGGUUCCUCCACCAGAGACCUCCGAGACGGGCGGUAGUGAGUUGGACGACGCGCCGCCCUCCGGGGUGGUACCGGCCGCCGCCACCGCGUCAGCCAUCACCCCCGGCACGCCGCCGACUGUCUCCAGUUCCACCCCGUCCUCCAGCAGCUCCGGCUUGGAGCAGGCCGGUGCCGCGGCGGCGCCUGCACUGGAGGCCGCCCCCAGCCAGGACUCGGCCGGCCAGGAGCAGAUGGAACUGGAGGAAAGCCUCACGGAUAUAUCGGUGGUGGAUUCGCAGAGCGGUGAGGCGCGCGCGGCCGUGCUGGCGGCGUUUGCCGAGACGAUGCACUCGUCUCUGAGUGAGGGUACUGAUCUACAGACCUCUCCGCCGCCCACUCCGACCGUGAAGGAACAGCCGGCGAAAGCAGCGACGGCAACUGAAAGAGUAGAAACUGCGCCGCCCACUGGGGUAGACUCAUCGGAGCAGCUGGAGGUUACGUCGGUGGUCGGUGAUGUCGUGAAGGACCAGGCACUUGCUGGUGCUGAGUCGACAGACCUGCCGGUGCCGGUCGCCGAGCCCACGUCUCUAGACGUCUCGCCGGCUGACUUUGACGCGCUGCUCGGCGGCCUGGACGUAACGCGUCUGGAGGAGAAGUUUGAGGGCGUAUGUGGGGAGCAGGGGACAUCCGCCGCGGCCUCUCCUGCUCCGGCGGAUGCGACGGAUGCUGUGGAGAGUGACUUUAAGAGUGAGGAGCCGAUGCCUGCUGAGUCUGAAGAUCUUCCGGUUUGUAGCGAGCCUGACGCGUCUGCCGCUGCCCCUGACGCGUCUGCCGCUGCCCCAGUCGCGCCUGCUGCUCCGGCCGCGGCCACGCCGGCUGCCGAGGCUCCGGAGCCGACCGUCGCAGAUGACACCGUAUCAGCUCUUCCACUAAGCAAGGCAGCCGCGCUCGACGUCACCCGUCUGAUCGAAGAGAACCGCACGCUCCUGUCUCAGAUCCGACGGCGCCGGUCGAGCGGCGAGCCGGUGUCUCCGGCGCGCCGCUCCGCCGAGCCGGAGCCGCCGCCGCCUCUCCCGCCCGUCCCGCCGGCGACGGCCGACUCGGUCGAGUCGCCGGGCGAGUCUGCGGCGCGCGACGCCACGGAGCUCGACCUCUCCGACUGGGCGCACGAGUCGGAGGUGGCCAGCGUGGCCGACGUGCCGCACGAGUUCCGCGUGGACGAGAGGUUUGUGACGGUACGGCGCGGUGCCGGGGAGAAGGCCAACCUGGCCACCCUCAGUGACUUUGAGGACGACGUGUCGGAGCUGCCGGAGGACCCUGUAAAAGCGCCGCCUCCCGCGAAACAGGAGGAGGAGGCGAGAGAUGUGUUUGAUGAUCUGGAUUUCGCGGACAACAGUGCCAGUGGGGACGAGGGAGGGGCGCCGCCGCCGCCGGCCGCUAAGAAUCGGGGUCGGUGUGAAUAUGUUUACCCUGAUGCGGCCGCUAGUCCGCUCUCACCGCCGUCCGAGGCUAAAGACACUGAUAAGGUGGAUAUUGUUGGUGCUGGUGAGCCGGUUUCAGUGGCUGCCGUCGAGGGAAAGCUUGCUGGCAGUGCUGUGUCAGAAAGUAAAGAAACUGUGUCGGCAGCUAGUGGUGAGGCAUUUGGAGAUAACGUAGCUUCCAGCGUGCCAGCUACAACUGCGGCUUCCAGUAAAGCGGUUACAACAGCUCCUGCCACGAAAUCUGUAACAACUGCGUCAAGUAACGGCAAGUCGGUCACCGCCAUCACAGCUAUCCCCACCAAAGCUCCAGAGAAGCGGCGAUCAGCUGUCGAAGCGUUAGCAGAGAGUAAGUCCAAGUACGUCAAGAGCUCAGGUUACGGCAAGAUCACUGCUCCGACUAGAUCGGCCUCCGGCGACUCUGGCGGCUCGGGGACCUCUCUGACUCGUAAGUCCUCCAUUGGCAAGGGACCGACCGGGUCCGGCUCUCAGAGGGCGCCGAAGGAGAACGGCGUCUCGACGAGGUCGGCUUCUUCCACCCGGAGUCGCCCUGCGUUACAGCGGGGCACGGCAGACCGCAUCUCAGCCCCGCCGGGAGCGCUGGCCGCCCGGGCAGGGGUGGUCACCCGUCCGGGGGGCCCCGGCCGCGCGGCCAGGCCGCUCUCAGCCGGACCUAUGAUGGCUGUGCACUCGGGGCAGGGCUCGACCACUGCUGCCGGGUCUGGUGCGGGUUCGGCACCGAAAAGCACGCCCACGCCGGCUCCGAGGUCCGCUCCGGCCACUGCUCCGGUCCCCGCGGCGAGUCCAGCGCCGGUGGCUGCGGCGCGGACUCCGGCCAAGUCUCCUGCCACACCGCGAGCGGCGAGAAGCGCCGCGGCGCCGCCGGCCCGCGCCGACAUCAAGGUCUCUCCGAUCGUGGAGCAGGCGAGCGCGCGUCUGCUGCUGCAGCGUAGUCCCACAGACUCCGCGAUCAUGCUGAGCCAGCGCCCGGGUGCGGCGGCCAGGCCGGGAGCGCCGGCGCCGCGCGCUCAGCAGGGCAGCCUAGUGCGGGAUCUGGUGCUGAGCCGCGUCAAAUCGCCGGAGAGACAGCUGAGGAAGCGGCUGUCCUCCCCGGCGUUCGGCCCGCGCGUCCCACCGCCGCCGCCGCCCCCGACAGCGCCGCCACCAGCCACGCCGCCCACACCGCGCAGGCCUUCCGUGGGUGACGCGCUGCCGUCCGGCCCGCCGCCGCCCAAACCGCCUCGCGACCCGGCCGCCGCUCUCUCCCUGUUCACACCGAGCACCCCGCCGGCUCGGCCGGGCGCUCUGCGCGGCGCGCUCAGCCGCAGCACGCCCAGUGUCCUGGAGCGGGCCGGCGCCGGCUCAGCGGCCGGUACCCCGGCGGGCGCCGCCAGUCCGGACUGCUCCAGCAGUCCGUCUGUAUCCCGCAGUCCGGAGCGCGGCGGCCCCGAGGGCCGCUCGGACCCGGCCAGCUGCGGCCACGACCUCGGCAAACGGGAGCACCCGCGCCGGCGCAGCAUCAUCCGCGCCAUCUCCGACAUCUUCAAGUCCGGCGAGAAGAAGAGCGGGGCGGCCAGCCCGCCUCCGGGGAGUCCUCCGGAGCGUCGGCGCAGCUCGGCCAGUCCCACCCGGGCACCUCCGCAGCAACAGCAGCAGCAGCAGCAGCAGCAGCAGCCGGCGCCCUUCGUCAAGGCCAACUCUGUCCGCGACAAACUGGGACUCAAGUUCCGCAGGGGAAAGGAGCGGAGGUCUGACGGCGGGCCCGAGUCGCCUCGCACCUCUGGAGAGCCGCCGUUCGCCGGCCCGGCCGCCGCGCACAGCCCUGACGCCUCCCUGUCGGAGUCUCUGAGCCAGUCUCAGUACAGCGAUGCGGCCACUCCGGGCGGCUCGCUCACCCGACGGGCCAAGACCAGCCGCGCCGCCCGACACGCCGAGAUGAGGAGGCUGCAGCGGGCGCAGGAGUUGCAGCGUCAGCUGGACGAGGUGGAGGUGCGGCAGCGGGACCUGGAGCAGCGCGGCAUCGCCGUAGAGAGGGCCAUCCGCGGAGAGGGUGGACAGGCCUCCGUCGGCGUGGACGAGACGACGCUGAUGCACGAGUGGUUUGAACUGGUGCACGAGCGCAGUCUGAUGGUGCGUCGUGACCAGCUGCUGCAGCUGCAGCUGCAAGAGCUGCAGCUGGAGGACCGACACGACCGGCUGCAGCUGGAGCUGAGGGAGAGAAUGGCCACUAGCGACGCCCAGAAGUCGGCCGAUGACGUGGAGCGGGAGCGGCAGGUGGUCAGCUCUCUGCUGGAGAUCUCCGAGCAGCGGCGCUCGCUGCGCGCCGCCAUGGACUCGGAACAGGAGAGACUGGCCAGCGAGUGUGAGUCGACGGAGGGCCGACGCGCCGCCACCGCCAGCCUCGUCUCCCCGCCGGGAGAGCCGGCAGAGUCGACCGUCUAGGCACGACCGAGACGCCCUCCAAACGCCCAAAGACGCCCAAGGUUCGCCCGUUGGCGCCCAAAGACGCCCAAGGCUCGCCCGCCGCGUUUAGUGCGCAGAGCUCGGCCGCGCCGGGUGUCGGUGCUAGAGCUGCCGUCGGACGCUGGCCGGGAGAUGGUCGUGCCGCAGCCGCGGGGUGUAGGGAGUUUUAUUUUACCAAAGUCGACCGACCUGUCCUGGUUAAUCCCACCUAGCGUAUAGGUGGCCAGUCUGUGUGAGAGGCCACGCAGUUGGGCCGUCCCGGCGGGGCAUGGUCUGAUCUGCCGGUGGUCGCUCCCGCGGGCCACUCGCUGCCUGGGGGUCAGGGUCAGCUUUAACCCGCCGACAGAACUCGCGCGCAGGGCCGGCGCCGCCCGCGCCGCGCGGUUUACGUUAUCAGCUAGGUGUUAGUUUUAUCCGUGCUCCUCGCCGUGUUCGGACGCUUCAUUGUGAACUUUUGUGAGCGGGUUGUGGCGCCAGUGAUCACAUUUUGUGACGCGUCGCCGCCGGGGUCCCCUUGCCUGGCCAGAGUUUUAACGAGCGGUGAUAUUUAUUUUAAACGAAACACCGCGGCAAUCACCCUACGCAACGACGGCUGAUAUUAUUGUGGUGCGGCGGCGCGCGGGCCGGACCGACAGACGGACAGAGAGAGUGCCUUGGCUGUCAGGGCUCGCGCUAUCAGCUGGGCUCGCGGGCGCCGCUCCGGCCGCGCCGAGUCUGUGUCGUGCAGUACCGUGCGUUGUUUUAGCCGUUUUGUUAACUUAACCGACUCAAAGCUGCUGCUCUGGGGCAACCGAUUAGUUGUCUUUCUGCCUCAAGCGCGUACUUUUUUGCCGCCUGCCUUUGUAAUGAAUAUUAACGAAUUUGAAA